AUGGCACAGAUGGGGCUGGCACUUGGCUACCAUGAUGUCUCCAUUUUCGUGUCACUUACUAGCAUUUGGGGUUUCUUUGGCCGCAUAGUCUCUGGCCUGGCCUCGGAAUAUUACAUUGGGAAAUGUGGCACCCCUAGGCCUCUGUGGAAUGCAGCUGCUGAGGUUCUAAUGGCACUUGGGUUCAUAGCCAUGGCUUCAGCCUUGCCUGGAUCUUUCUACAUUGGUUCAAUUUUGGUGGGCAUGGGCUACGGGGUGCUUCUCACCAUAACAGUUCCAGUUUCCUCAGAGCUAUUUGGUCUCAAAUACUAUGGACUUUUGUACAACAUUCUCAUCCUCAACCUUCCUUUGGGCUCCUUCCUCUUCUCUGGCUUACUUGCUGGUCUUCUAUACGAUGCCCAAGCCACUAGCACCAGUGGCGGUGGGACCACCUGUGUUGGGCCCCACUGUUACAUGCUUGUGUUUGUGAUCAUGGCAAUUGCUUGCAUGCUCGGGCUUGCACUGGAUAUGCUGUUGGCAUUUAGAACAAAGAACGUUUAUGCCAAGAUUUAUGAGAGCAAAAACCACACCACGACCACAUAG